ACUAUUCUACUGAAUUUCUAAUGUAAACAAAUGACUGCUUCGAUAGGCUUAGUAGCACGUAAACAACUACUGCAAGCAGAUUAACUAAAGGCAUAACUCAUCUUUCUUCUUGCUUAAAAGCAAGAUUGCUACAGAAAAUACUUAACCGGGACAUAAGAACAACAUGAGUCAAUCAUUUUUAAAGCAAGAAAUACACAAUUUACCAACAUAUAAGAAUAAAAAUAUGAGCUCACCGAUCCGGGUAACAGAGUGGGUGUAUAUAUAUAUAUGCUCAUGUAUAUAUUUAUAUGCUUUUGUUGCGGCCGAUUGCAGUCAAAAAGUCUAUGUGUGUCUCGAACCGAUCGACAAUAAGUGGAUUCUUCUUAGCUGGAAGAUUUAUGUUUUGGCUGCCAGUUGGUGCAUCAUUGUUUGCCAGCAAUAUAGGUAGUGAACAUUUUAUUGGUUUAGCAGGUUCUGGAGCAGCAUCUGGAAUAAGUGUUGGAGCUUUUGAGCUUAAUGCUUUGGCUAUUAUUCAACUGACUGGAUGGGUCUUCCUUCCUGUAUUCAUUGCCAGCAGGGUCUGUACACUCCCAGAAUACAUGUCAAAAAGAUUUGGAGGUUUACGCAUUAGAACCUACCUUGCUGUUUUGUCACUUGUGUUGUAUGUCUUCACUAAAAUAUCUGUCAACUUGUUUUCAGGAGCAGUUUUUAUCAAUCAAGCUCUUCAAUGGGAUCUCUAUGUUGCAAUCUUGGGACUAUUACUCAUGACUGGCAUUUGUACAGUAACUGGUGGAUUAGCUGCAGUUAUAUAUACCGACACGCUUCAGUUUUUUGUUAUGAUUACAGGAGCUGCUAUUGUUGCUGUAAAAGCUUUUAUACAGGUGGGUGGCAUAUCAGGAUUGCAGGAAAAAUAUAUGCAAGCAAUACCAUCACAAAGAAUCCAUGGAACAGAUUGUGGCAUUCCAAAAGAAGAUGCCUGGAUGAUUUUGCGAUCUUGGGAUGAUCCAGAUAUGCCAUGGCUUGGUUUUCUCAUUGGUCAAACUCCAGCGUCUAUAUGGUACUGGUGUACUGAUCAAAUGAUGGUUCAACGACUUUUGGCAGCUAAAUCAUUAUCUCAUGCUCAAGGAGGAACAUUGUUUGCUGGAUUCAUGAAAAUUCUACCUAUUUUUCUGAUUGUUAUGCCAGGAAUGAUAAGCAGAGUCCUUUUCACAGAUGAAGUAGCAUGUGUAGAUCCUGAAGUUUGUAUGGCAUAUUGUCAAAAUCCCGCUGGAUGUUCAAAUGUUGCAUACCCUCGACUUGUUUUAGAACUUAUGCCAACAGGUUUGCGUGGUCUAAUGAUGGCUGUGAUGCUAGCUGCAUUAAUGAGUGAUUUGACAUCUGUAUAUAAUAGUGCUAGUACCUUAUUUACAAUGGAUAUUUGGCCACAAAUUCGAAAAGAAGCUACUGUGUGGGAACUCAUGAUAGUAGGAAGAACUUUCAUUAUAUUAAUGAUCCUCAUCAGUAUUGGUUGGAUACCUAUAAUUCAAAACUUGCAAGGAGGGCAGCUUUUUAUCUACAUUCAGUCAGUAUCAGCAUACCUUGCCCCACCAAUUGCAGCUGUUUAUAUUUUAGCUGUUUUGUGGAAAAGAAUGAAUGAACAGGGCUGCUUUUGGGCUAUGAUGCUUGGUUUCCUAGUUGGUGUUACCCGAAUGGUUUUGGAUUUCAUUUAUCGACAACCUGCUUGCAAUGAAAUUGAUACAAGACCUGUCAUCAUUCAAAAAGUUCAUUAUAUGUACUUUGCUUGUAUUUUGUUCUGUAUCACUGUAAUUUCUGCAGUUAUCAUCAGCCUUAUGACAGAACCUCCAGAAGAGUUUAGGCUUGUUAGGACAACCUACUGGACUAGGUUUGAAGAAGGUGAUAGGGAUGAUGAUAAGGAUAAUUUUGAAAUGCGAAGAAAUGUUGACCUCCAAGAGAAAGUAUGUUUAAAUGAUAUGAGCCAAGAAGAAGCUGGAGAUAUAGAUGCAGAAGAAGCUCAAGUACCUGGAGUAAUUGAAGAAAAAACUGCAGUUUUUUAUCUGAAGAAAUUGGGCAAUUGGUUUUGUGGUUUUAAUCAAAAUACCCAAGAUAAAAAUGAGGAGGUUUUUCAGCACCUCACCGAAAUUGCAUCUCUGCGUCAAAGCAAGAGAGAUAAAAUUAUUCUUAACACUUUAUUGGUUAUUGCAUUGGCUAUACCAGUAUUUACAUAUGCUUAUUUUUCUGUAGCUAUAAAGAAGCUUGAGUAUUAAGAUGUUUAAAGUUCUACAUCCUAGUUCUUCAAAUUAAAAGUAACAAAUUGUAUUUCAGCAUAACAUAGUGAUUUUCUUUGAAUUUAAAUAAUGGAAAAAAUGGAAAUUCAAGGGGGUGAUAAAUUCAAGCUUUGUAAACAAACAAAAAAGUUCUGAUUCUCCCUUUAAGCAUUAUAAUUUUUAAAUUUUUAAAUAUAUAUAUGUGUGUGCAACUUAUAUAAAAAUUGGCCUUUUGAUAUUUGAAAAAGUUGUAAACUAUUACCUUGCAUUGCAAUGUAAAUCUUAGUAAGUACAGUGGAGUCAUAUUCUUACAAACUUAUCACGGUUAUCUUUAGUUUUGUAAACACUUUAUUAGAUCAGUGUCUAAUGUUUCAAACAACUGGUAUGAAAAUAUAUUCAGUAUGAACAUUAGUGUUUUUUCACAGCACUUUCUAAUAGUGUAUAAAAUAAUAUGUACUGUUGUAUUCUAUCCUUUGAUGUAGUCUAAAGGAGAAGCAACCUCCACAUGUUAGUUUAAAAUACAUUUUUGAGUAGUUUAAGAUGAGUAGUAUUUUUAUAUUUCAGGUAAUGAGUAAAAUAAUAUUUUGAAAAAGAAAAGAAUUAAACUAUAUUGCAAAAUAACUGCUAGCAACAAUCAUUUGGAAAGACAUUGUAUAAAAUACAUAAUUUCAAGUCAUAUAUUUUAAGCAAAUGUAAGUUACACUAGACAAAAAAAAGUAAUGUGUCAUAUUUUUAUAAUGAACCUUUAGAGAAAUUUUUGGUUUUCCAAACACCAUGUCAUUUAAGAACAUUUGGAUUUUUCUUAUACAUUUUUUAUUAAAAUAUUUAUAUGAUUUUAUACAUAGAUCAUUACUUGUUCGCAAUCUAGUUACAUGAAAAUUAUGAUUGAGGCAUUUUAUUUUCAGCAAGUAAUUAGAUCAGAUUUUGGUACUUAACCUAGCAUUUUGUAUGCUAAAAUAUUCUAUAUCAGAAGUUACUGAGUAGUAACUGCAGAACUAGUUUUAUAAAUACUUUACUUUGAUAAAACAAUUUUUUGUCCUUUCAUUUUUACAUUGAAAGACAACUUGUAAGGUUAUUUCUUUCUACAUAUAUGUACAAAAUAGUUUGGUAACAGUGGGAAAUGGAUUUUACGUCAAUGAAAAAUAGUAUUGCCAGUUGCAAAAAUACUUUUUUUGGCAUACAUUUUGUGACAUUGAUUUUCCAUAAAUUAAAGAUUACUACUCGCUUAAACUGUAAAAAUUUAGAUUUUAUAUGAUAGUGAUGUGUUCUGAAAUAGAUUACUACUCGCUUAUAAAACUGUAAAAAUUUAGAUUUUAUAUGAUAGUGAGGUGUUCUGAAAUAUAUUCAAAUAUAAUUGUUCACUACAUUUGUAUAUUUCAAGGCUUCUAAAACAUUUCUCAGUCGCGACCCCUUUUUAUCACUGAGAAUUUUUUCCUGACUCCAGGACCUCAUAAUAUUUACGAAAAUUUUGUACGACCGUACAAGCAUUACACAAAUCUGACACACGCAUCAGUGAAACUGUCAAUUUUUUAAUUUUUACUGUAAUAUACUAUUGCAGUUUUGGGUGAUUUAACUUUUAGGUCAUUAACUAAAGACAUGAACAAUGUGAAAAUUUUAAAUAAGUAACAGACGAAAUGAUAUCGUCAUGUGCAAAGCAAGUAACGUAAAAGUUUAUAUUAUAAAAAAAAAAGUCAAUGUUAUCGUUUUUUCUUUGUCUGUAUUG